UAGGGCGGGACUUCCGUGUCUCCCCUCAAACCAGGAAGUCGGCGUGUUACUUCUCCUCCUCCUUUUCUCGGUUUCAGCUGUGUGACAAACAACAGGCGCUCAGAGGCGAAAAGUUGCCCCUUUUUUGCGGACGUCUUAACAGGAGAGCGGCUCACCGUUUAACUUCGCCGGUUGUUAUCUAAGAAAUGCUCGCGCGAGGUGGAAGUUGGCGCUUUGUCAUGGUAAGGGGCUAAUUUCUACACGCUGCCCGGAAUUAGACCGAGCUCGCGGCAGCCACAGAUCAUGGAGGAUUUUUAAUAUUAACAUCUACCUUUUUCAACUAUACUCCAGGAUGAGUUGUGUUCUUUGUCACAUUUCAUCCAUUUUCUCCUUCACUGGCACUGAUUUGUGUCUUAAUAACUGUAAUAACUGCACAGUGAAGCAACUAUAUCUAUAAUCAUGUACUUUUGAUGACAGAGGAGUCAGGUAGCCCUUCCCAUAUCCCUUUCCUUUUGUCUGUAACAAGGACAGCUCUUUUUAUUCACACCCAGUCCUCCCGAACCCCCACCCCCUUCCUCCCCUGCCCACCACUUCCCAAAUCUCUGUGCCAUGAUCCGCAAAAGAGGCUGCCUCAUAUUUUGUGGAGCAUUCCUGUUUGUCACCUGGAAUGCCAUACUGGUGCUUAUGCUGUGGGGCAGGCCUCCGUCGAGCCAGCUGGAAAAGGGAGAGCAAGAAGUGGCCGAGGACCCCACGGGCGACAUGGUGGGAGAUUUGAUCCGAGUAGCAGACGAGUUGGAAGAAGAGCUGGAGCAGCAAAAGAAAGUCCUGUUCCAAAUUCAGACACUGUGGGAGCAGUCGAAGAGACAUAACGGGAAGGCCGUCGCCCCCAGUCAGCCCGUCAUCCCCAUCCUGGUCAUCGCCUGUAACAGGGUCACCGUGAGGCGCUGCCUGGACAAACUCCUCCAGCACCGGCCCUCGUCAGAGCUCUACCCCAUCAUUGUGAGUCAGGACUGUGGGCAUGCCGACACGGCUGAGGUGAUUCGCUCUUAUGGGAAUAAUGUAACUCAUUUGAAACAGCCGGAUUUGUCAGACAUCCCAGUGCGGCCAGAGCACAAGAAGUUUCAGGGUUACUACAAGAUCUCCAGGCAUUACCGCUGGGCUCUCAACCAAGUUUUCAAGGAGCUCUCCCAUUCCUCUGUUGUGGUUGUAGAAGAUGACUUGGAGGUGGCGCCAGACUUCUUUGAGUAUUUUCAAGCCCUGCUGCCACUCCUUAAAUCUGACCCCAGUCUGUGGUGUGUCUCGGCCUGGAAUGACAACGGCAGGGAUGGCUACGUGGACCCUGGCAAGGCAGACCUGCUGUACCGGACAGACUUCUUUCCCGGUCUGGGGUGGAUGCUCCUCAGGGAGGUGUGGGAGGAGUUGGAGCCCAAGUGGCCUGCGUCAUUCUGGGACGACUGGAUGCGUCAGCCCGAGCAGCGCCGCGAACGUGCCUGUAUACGGCCAGAGAUCUCACGCACUUUAACAUUUGGCCGUCAGGGCGUGAGUCUGGGUCAGUUCUACGACAAAUACCUGCGCUACAUUAAACUUAAUAGCGAGUCUGUGCCUUUCACUCAGCUGGACUUAAGUUACUUGAAGGAGGAGACGUACAGACAGAGUUUUGAUAAGGAAGUUUACAAUGCACCUGUGGUUACAUAUGAAGAUGUGAAGCAGGGCCUUCUUAAAGGACCGGGGCCUUUCCGCCUCCAGUACUCAAGCAAGGACAGUUUCAAAAUGCUCACUAAAAACCUGGGAAUCAUGGAUGACUUGAAGUCUGGCGUGCCAAGGACAGGUUACAGAGGGGUUGUCAGCUUCUUCUUCAAAGGAAGGAGAAUUUACUUGGCUCCGCCUCCAGGAUGGACUCAGUAUGAUCCCAGCUGGAGCUGAUGAUCUCUGCACCCCUACAUGCUGCAGCCUUUUGGUGUCUCUAAAAAUCUGUUAGGUAAAGGCUUUCCAGACCAAAGAUGAAAGUGAUUUUUCUAAUUCUGUCAUUAAAAUGCAGAAUUUAUUGUCCCUGGUAGGGAUUAUUGCCAAUGCUACUCAGGUCGUUUUCAUUACUCCCUGUGUCGGAAGCAGCCUGAACAGUGAAUUAGGCAAAUCUGCUGUAAUUCACCAGAGAUUUAUUUUUAUAUGAUGCUAAUUGUGCACAUUCAUUAAUGCAUUUGAUGCAGUAACCUAAUUUGCCUUUUUUUCUUUAAAUUAUUUGCAGUUUAUGGUAGACCAUGACCAAAUACAUUUAAAGAUACAAUCUGUGGUAUGCUUGGUUUUAGUGUCAGUGGUUGGUUAAUACUGCAGUAUAAUCUGUGAUUUGAUCGUGAUUGUUUGUCUUCUGUGGAAAUCAGUUCUAAAUUGUGUUUCAUAUGAUUUUUUUUUUAUUCUCCUAUAAAAUAUUUCUGUAGGGUUUGUCAUUUUACAAACAACUACAUCUGAGUACAUUUGCAUAUUUUUCAAUAAACAAAUCUA